AGAAGUUAGUUGCCCUUGGUGAGAAGAUGGAUUUGUCUGGGGCCGAACUACGGAAGUGGGUCAGCCAAAAGGAAAAAGAAGAAAAAGAAAGAAUUAAGGAAGGAAAAGCAGCAGAGCUUGAAAGAGAGAAGUUGGCAGCUGAGAGGGUCAAGGAAGAGAGAGCAGCAGAGCUGGAGAGAGUGAGGCUAGCAGCUGAGAGGGAGAAAGAAGAGCGAGAAGCGAAGGAGCGACAGUUGAAGGAAGAAAGAGAGGCGAAGGAGCGACAGUUGAAGGAAGAAAGAGAGGCGCAAGAGAGACAGAUGCAAGCUGAGAUGGCUGAGAGAGAAAGGCUACGGCAGCACGAAUUGGAACUCGAACGGCUCCGUUUGCAGCAGCGCACAGAGACUCCCGUGCAAACUACAGUGGAGAGCAGCGAAAGGGAAGAUCAUAGCUUCCGUUUGAACCCAAGCAAACUGCUUGUGGCGUUUGAUGAGAGGAAAGAUGACCUUGAUGCAUACCUGCACAGGUUUGAGACGAUAGCUAGAAGCCAAAAUUGGCCGGAGCAGCAAUGGGCAACAGCUUUGAGCACUUGUUUGAGUGGCGAAGCGCUCAGUGUGUACGGUAGGCUGACACCUACCGAUGCAUCUAAUUACACGAAAGUAAAAGCUGCUUUGCUGAAGCGAUUUAGAUUCACCGUGGAAGGCUUCCGAGAUCGGUUCCGUACGGGAAGGCCAGCUGAUGGCGAGACGGCAACGCAGUAUGCCGCGCGGCUCAGCCAUUAUUUCGACAGGUGGAUCGAACUUUCAGAGACGGCACAGGAGUACGGUGAGCUUAGAGAGCUUUUAAUCAGAGAGCAAUUUCUCACCAGUUGCCACCCGAGCCUGUCGCUGUAUCUGAAAGAGAGGAAAGCUAAAUCACUUGAGGACAUGCUUGAAUUAGCCGAUCAAUUCUUGGAAGCGCAAGGUGGCACGAAUCUGGCCAAAGUAAAAAAGGAGGUUCACGAGGAGUCGAAGAAAUCGGCACCUGACGAAAAGAAGCGUGCACCGGAGAGUGUUCCGCGAUGCUUUCUGUGUAACCGGGUGGGCCAUCUGCUGGACAUAUGGUGCGAAUCGGACGCGAUUCGCCGUACGGCUGUUCGCACCAACAGCCGCAUCCGGCAGACGUCCAACAGCUUCCAACAGCAUGCAUAG